GUGGCGAGCGAGCGUAUCUUGCGUGAGGGGACGCCGCGCUUCUCCCCUUCGGCAGGGAGGCGGGGCCCGAGGCGCCCCAGCGCGCAGGCGCCGACCUCAUGCUGAGCACCUUGUCUCGCGCCGUGGCCCGCGCCGCCGUCCGCCGCGCUCGUACCCCCCGGCCACCCGAGGCUCGCACCGCCGCCACCGCAGCCGCCAUGUCCCGGGGCCCGCGGGCCGCCUCAGGCUCCCCGAUCCGGCCCGCCACCGUGCUGGGCACCAUGGAGAUGGGGCGCCGCAUGGACGCGCCCGCCAGCGCCGCGGCAGUGCACGCCUUCCUGGAGCGCGGCCACACUGAGCUGGACACGGCCUUCAUGUACAGCGACGGCCAGUCCGAGAGCAUCCUGGGCGGCCUGGGGCUCGGGCUGGGCGGCGGCGACUGCAAAGGUAACUUCUGGCGCCCGCGCACCAACCGCCUGUCCUCUCCCUGCACCGUGCAGUGCAGACCUGUCCCUCAGGACGCUGACCCGACCCCAGCCACGCGCCCGCCGCGGUCAGGGCCGACAGCUUCGUCCCGCCCCCGGGGCGCCCACCUCCCCUGGCCAUCCCGCAGCUCUGUGAACCCCCCGCUCCUCAAGUCCCUUGCACAUCCAGCCCCGACAGCUGAACAGCGCUUUUUCCUGACCACCUUCCCCUCCGCUUCUUCGUCUGGGGAUUGCUACUCG